GUCUAUGGGUUACAUACCAUCAAGUUUUUUGGUGAUAUCUUACGUGGCACCAGUAUUUUUUGUAGAGUAAAUUCGCCGUUUUCCCUUGAUUGUGUCUCCACUUACUACAUUUGUGUUUUUUGAGAUCUGAACAGAAGCGUUGGAUCAUCCCACGAGAGCAAAUAAAAGGAAUUUGUCAGUUAUCCAAGUCACUUUAUACUUCAUCCAGAACUAAGGCGUUUAAUAUCCCACUCUUCUAUCUUGAUGCCUGAAGAUAAUAAAUCAAGCUUCAACAUGACUAAUGCAAGCCAAAGCUUAGUUUGUGCAGUACGCCAAGAAAAUGAAAAAGUUAUUACGCUGCUCUUGGAAAGUGGGGCUAAUGUUAAUGUCAAAGAUGAGGACAAUAAGACUAUAUUGCGCCUUGCCGUUGAAAGUGGAAAUGAGAAAAUUGUUAAGCUGCUUAUGGAAGACGGGGCCGAUGUUAAUGCUAAAGAUAGCGAUUUUAACAGCAUAUUACACUUUGCUGCGGAAAAAGGAGAUCAAAAAAUGGCGAAGUUGCUUUUGGAAGGUGGCGCAUAUGUUGAUGAUGUAUCUGGGGAUCAUAAAACCGCACUACACUAUGCCGUUGAAAAAGGUGACGAAAAAAUGGUUAAACUGCUGUUAAAGGGCGGAGCUGAUGUUGAUGCCGAAAAUUUGGAAGACAAAACCGCAUUACACAUGGCUACAGAAAAUGGAAACGCAAGUAUGGUUAAGCUACUAUUGGAAGGUGGAGCCGAUGUUAACAUGAGAUGCGGGGUGGCCGAAGCAAUAUUACACCAAGCUGUUAAAAGUGGAAAUGAAGAAAUUGUUAAGAUACUUUUGGAAGCCGGGGCUGACGUUAACGCGCAAGAUUUAUCUCGAGAUUUAUAUUUUGAAACUGUUAUAUACUUUGCCGUUAAAACUGGAGAUAAAAAGCUUAUUAAGCUGCUUCUCGAAGCGGGUGCUAAGUAUUAUGAGACCGUAUUACACUUUCUUGAUAAGAAAGAUCAGGAUAUUGAGCUGCUUUUGGAAUGCAUUGCUAAAUAUGGUACCCAAGAUCAAGAAAAUGAAAAGAUACUACAAUUUGGUGCUAAAAACGGACUAGAAAAACUUGUUAAGCCUCUUUUGGAAGGAGGAGCUGAUGUUAAUGCUCAAGAUGAGAAUCAUAAUUCCAUACUAAGUGUUGCUGCUGAAGAAGGGCAUGCUGUAAUUGUUGAAAUGAUUUUAAAGUAUUGUCCUGAUAUAAACAACCAAAGUAAUAGGAAGGCUAUUAUUGCCGCAAUUCAUGGCAAAGGAAACGAGACUAGUAAAAUGGUUGAUAGUUUGCUGAAUUAUGGUUUUACUGUUGACCCGGAAGACGUAAACGAUGACCAGUUGCUUUACCACGCUGCUGGCAGAGGGUGUGAGAGAAUUGUUGAAAGACUUAUUAACUAUGGUGCUGAUGUUAAUAUGUUAACCAAUGGGUAUGCAUCUUUACACACUGCAACUGAAUGGAAUCAGGAGGAAGUGGUUGAACUGUUGAUAAACAGUGGAGCUGAUGUCAACUGUAAAGAUAUGCACGAAAAAACUGCAAUAUUUUAUGCAGCGGAGAUUGCCUGUUUAAAAAGUGCCGAACUACUUUUAACUAAUUCUACGGAUAUUAGCGGUAGGGAUGAGAAUGGAAGAUCGCCACUACAUUUCGUUGCGAUGAGGGAACAUGAUUGGUACGUUAGAGACUGUCCCAAUAACGAUAUGGAUAGUGCUAGGGCAGAAAUUGCCAAACUGUUUUUGAAUAAAGGAGCGUGUGUAAAUGCCCAAGAUGUAGAUGGCACUACAAUACUCCACGCUGCUUGCAAAGAAGGAUAUGUCAAGGUUGUUCAAGCUCUUUUAGAACAUGAUGCAGAUGCGAAGAUGCGAGAUAACAGUGGAAAAACACCUCUCCAUCUUUCUGCGCAACAAGGAAGUGAAGCAAUUAACAAGAUGCUCUUGAACAGUGGAGCCAACGUAAAUGCCGAGCAAGAAGAUGGAUUAACUUCUCUAGACAUUGCAAUUGACGAAGGCCAUAUGGAUAUUGUUAAACUAUUGCUAGAAUUUGGCGCUGACACCGAAUCUAAAAUUGAAAAUAAAACACCACCCCUCCAUUUGGCUGCUCGAAAAGGAAAUUGCGAAAUUAUGGAGACUAUUUUGAAAUUUGGUGCUGAUGUUAAUAGUAGAGAUGCAUAUGGUAGAACACCACUGCACGUUGCCUCUAAAAUGGGAUUUGAAAAAAUAAUCGAAACUCUUCUACAAUAUGGGGCUGAUAUUAAUAUUACUAGUGGAUAUAACUACACAGCACUUGAUUAUGCCAAGUCUGGUAUAAAAUAUAGGCCGGACUUCAAUUACGAGUGGGAUGAUGAAAUGGAAUUGAAUCGUAGUACCCUUCUUUUUAAGCGCGCUGCCUUUUGUCAAGAAACCCUUGAAGCUCUCACACAUCACCUAGUUAAAAUGAAAGUGGCAAACUUCUUUGUAAGUGAACAAAAUUUAAGGUUUAUAAGCGAGUAUGACGGAAUCGGUCGUUUUAUGGAUGAUUGCACGGACGAAAGAAAGCGGAUGAAAACCGAGAAGAUUGGUAAUGCUAACAUUUCAUUUGAUGAGAUCUUGACAAAAGGUGCAAAUUUGUUAGCAUUAUGUAUGGGGAAUGAAGGUAUAGUGGAUGGUUUAAAAACAGAAGAUUAUAAAACUAAAUUUCCAAUAUACGCUAGCAUGAUAGAAAGUAGUGUAAAAAGGGCUAUGAGAAGGAAAGAUUUAAAUGAACAAGGUAAAAAAGAUUUCAACUUGCUCUUUCCUGAAUUACACCACGACUGCACUGAAGAAAUAUUAAGUUAUCUUAAUGAUGCUGAUAUAAGGCGCUUUAUUGAAGCUUGUAAACCCAUUGUAGGAAAAUUAAGCCCACCGUUCUUUGCAAAUUGUUAGAAUGAUAUGAUGUACAUAUAAUAACAUUAAACAAACUAUUUUGUCUAAAGCGAAUAAAUAGUAUAUUUGUU